GUCGCGAACGAGCGCGCACGCGAGCAGACGGAUCAGAGGAGACGCGCGUCACGAAUCCGCAGAGAUGCUGAAGGAGCCGCGAUAAUAAGGGGACAUUUACAAAAACCCGGCGCUGUCUGUGCAUAUGUCAGAGAGAAGGAUAUCUCCCGCCGUCCUCAUGGAUGAACACUCCGCGUAUAUACACCAUCUGACGUCUUCGCUGAUUGUAAAGCGCAUUUUGUGAGAUUUAUAAACCACACCCGGCGCUGUGAGGAACGGGAUUGAGUGGGCACCACACGGCUCCAAUGCCAUUCCCCUGUCGCUGGCGUUAAGGGACGAGUUCGACCACAGACAGGAUGAGCGCAGGGCAGGAGCAGACAGACAUCCUGUCCGCAGGCAUUCUGGUGAAGGAACGAUGGAAAGUACUGAAAAAAAUUGGCGGUGGCGGCUUUGGCGAGAUCUACGAGGCUCUGGACCUGAUGAACUGCAUCAGUGUGGCUCUGAAAGCAGAGUCCUCUCAACAACCCAAACAGGUUCUGAAGAUGGAGGUGGCGGUGUUGAAGAAACUGCAAGGAAAAGGUCACGUUUGUCGGUUUGUUGGAUGUGGCCGCAAUGAUCGCUUUAACUAUGUUGUCAUGGAGCUUCAGGGUCGUAAUUUAGCGGAUCUGAGGAGGAGCAUGAACCGGGGCACUUUCACAGUCAGCGCUACACUAAGACUGGGUCUGCAGAUCCUGGAGGCUAUUGAGAGCAUCCACUCAGUUGGCUUUUUACACCGUGACAUCAAACCGUCCAACUUUGCCAUGGGCCGAUUUCCUAGCACAUGUCGAACUUGCUACAUGUUAGAUUUUGGUUUGGCGCGCCAAUUUACAAACUCAUGCCAAGAAGUCAGACCGCCCCGUCCUGUUGCAGGGUUUAGGGGUACAGUACGAUACGCCUCAGUCAAUGCCCAUAAGAACAAGGAAAUGGGAAGACAUGAUGACUUGUGGUCUUUGUUCUACAUGCUGGUGGAGUUCUUGGUUGGGCAGCUACCCUGGAGGAAGAUAAAAGACAAGGAGCAAGUGGGGAAGUUAAAAGAGGCGUACGAUCAUCGGCUCAUGUUGAAAGACCUGCCUCCAGAAUUCAGUGUUUUUCUGGAGCACAUCAGCAAUUUGGACUACUUUACCAAACCUGACUACCAGCUACUGAGGUCCGUUUUUGUGAAUAGCAUGAGAACUUACAAUGUAGUGGAAAAUGACCUGUAUGAUUGGGAAAGGAUGAGCUCAGAUAGCCCAAUGACAAUCACCACCACGGCAAACACGCCACAGCACCAUACGCGCCUCACACCAGCUCAGAUGGGCAUUGUGAAUGCCUCACUGCUGCCUGGAGAUCUUCUGAAGGAGAACACAGAUGAAGUUCUGCAAGAUGAGCAGCUCAGUGAUGGGGACAAUGCUCAGCCUGAGAACCUGCCUGGAUCUCCAAACCUUCCUCUCAGGAACCAGGAGACUGAUUUCUGGGAGGGCCUGGACCGCAACCGGAACCAAAUCUGUCCUGCUGUCUUGAAGAUGGGAACAGACGAUGAGCAUAGCAACCAAGGCAAUCAAAUCCCCCAUGCAGGGCCUAGCAUUGGUUCACCAGUGCGAGUCCGGUCAGAGGUGGUGACCUCAGAUAGAGACACUCCUCUUCGGAGGAAACUGCGCAACAUCCAUAGCUUUGAGUUGGAGAAGAGACUAACUUUGGAGUCCAAACCCAACACUGAGCGUUUUGUAGAGGCCUGUUCUGGCAAGCAGCCACCUGGUACAACACAGGAAUGGGAUGCUGAUGGUGUUCCUGGCAUGGCCAUGUUGAACAGAAGUCACACAGAGCGUGUUUGGCACUAUGACGAGGAAUUCCGCUCUGGCAGUGGCUCGCCCAAGCCUGCUUCACCGGGCUCUCCUGAGCAGGGCAACGGUGCAGCUAACAGUGGCUUUGUUGCUCUAAACCUGAGCUCAGGUCUACAAGAUGUUGAGUUGCAUGAUUGGGUGAUGGUAGAGAAGGGCUCUGACCUGCCGAACUUCAAAGAGGCAGCAGGAAGUAGCCCAGGUCGUGAGGCUAAACUCACUAGUAGCCCGUCUGAUGAGUGUGAAGAUGAGCCAGAAGUUUUGCAGCCAAUGGAUGAAUCACCAGAUAAAGAAUCCACUCCUAGUCCCGUACAUGGAGAUGCCCACACACCUCACACAGUCCAGGGCCCACAGUCCAGGAUAGAUAGGUUGGAGUUCAGUGUAUUUCCCACUUCUGGUGGACCUCCUGUUACCCCCACCAGCCCUGGCGAGGCACUGGCUGAAGGAGCACUCACACAGCUGCCCACCUCUCCUGCAUCCCAACCUGAGGAGCUUGUGCCAAGGACAUGCAGUCCCCUGCACCAGCGCUCCCCUAGCCCGCUCACCCUCCUGACCACCCUGUCGGACCCCCUCCACCAGCGCGCCCCACCUGGGAUGUGGCGUAGCCAGUCUGCAGACCACCAACACCACCCUUCCUCUCCUAUCUCCUCGUGCCAUGCCUCGCUGCCACUACCUUCUCAGCCCUGUGCUGCCCAUUCGCCAGGACGCAGGAAACUUCCUGCCAUUCCAGUGACUGCUGCAAACACCAAGUUCCCCUCAGUCAUACUAAUCACCCGCGCUCAGCUCCAGCAGCUGACAGCUCAGCGCCCCUCUGUGCUGUCCUCCCAGUCUGCAUCCGACAGUGUUCCACUGCAGAGACGUGAUACUGAAAAUGGCAACAAUGAGAUGCAUCCACAUGACAACACAGCUGACAUCAACUCCCCACAGGAGCAGGUUGCCUUCCAGCCCACCAGCCCCCCUAAUGUUGAGGGGGAUCCUUUGCUAAAUGGGAACCUGAAACCUUCAAGCCCAGUGCCAAACCUGGUGCCGUCUCCACGCACACCUCCCUCUCCGCGUAGCUCAGUUCUGAUGAAUGGCUGUCUAACACCUCCUUCAGACACACAGAGAGAUGGCAACGAGCAGCCUCCAAAGCUAAAAGACCCCAAGAGGGAGUCUCCCAUCAUUGAGCGCUCUAUUGAGCCCAACCAGUACACUCUGGAGGAGGGGAAGGAAGAUGCUCCUUCCAGAAACGGCACUUCUUCUCCAGUCUCUGCUCCCAAACUAGACCCCAGUCGUCGGCACAGCCGUAUCCCAGUGUUAGAACCAUCUAGCCUUCUGGAUCCACCACCUGCAUCUGCUAAAGAGAAGUUGCUGCAGAGGAGGGUUCACCACAUUCCAAUUUCACCCUCCGCUUCCCCGUCGUUAUCCUCUGACAGGCGUGUAAUCGUGGCUGCUAUCCAGCGGGACCAGAUUUCUUCUGUCUCUUCUGAACGCUCUCAAGAUGAAGAAUCACUUCUGGGUUCUCGUUCCGAUCGUCAUGGAGAUGAUGCUCCCUCACUGUCCUCAUCCUCUAGCCCAGUUUUACGGAAGAGCAAGAUACCACGCCCAAUUACCCCCACAACGAGCGGGGAAGCUGUUACUGCACACUUCAUGCCCUGUCCACCAUCAGGAAAACCUCCUAGCCGCUCCACUGUGGAUGGAAGGCUGCGGCGGUACAGGAUUCGUGCCAGCAGCACCAGUGACUCAGAUCUGCUGACCUGUCUGGCCCAGCUAAUGCACACCAGCUCGUCCUGUGGCUCUCCGCACCCCAGCUGCUCCUCCCCUGAGCACAUGAGCGCCAGGCACGUGUUCAUCGGUCCCACCACUGCUCACCACCUCCACCAGCGCAGCUCUAGCGCCUCCCCCCGCAGCUCCUCCUCAUUACAGCGCUCCGUCAGCUCUUCCCCGUCCCGCCACGAGCACCGUGGGGGCUGUCUGGGCCGCAGCCGUUCUCCUCCCAGUUUAUCGGGCUCACCUCCUUUGCGCCGCUCUCAUCCUCACACGCAGGAAGGAUGCUGUGGGAGACAGGCCCACUCUGCCACCGUACACACCCACCGGGGCAAAGCCAGCAUCCGUGAGGUCAGGUGCUCAAACAAGCUGAGCAGAUAGUCAGCCACAGGUUUCAGACACUAGUGGAAGAUAUAAACGAGUGAAAUUGUGAAAGAGUGAAAAUUUCCACAAUAGCUAAAAAAAAUAUGAUUCUCAUUGCUUCGCACAUCUGCAACUCCUUUGCUUUCUCUUCAUCAGUAGCCUCAAUUUUAAGAUGCUGGCUUUUGGGAACACCAAAGUCACUUUUAGAACAUGGGAGGUUAUACAUGACAGGGAUUAGCUGGAUGUGUAGUACUUUAUAGUUUCUUUUCUUUCAAACAUUCCAGAGCUUUUAUGAUAUGAUUGUAUGUAUUCAUGAUCUACAUGAGGUUUGCAUCAGGAUCGGCUGUACUAUAGUAUUUAUUACAUUAUUUAUUUGGGCUUUGAUGCAUUACAGCCCUCUCUGAGCAGUGGCAGGUACACUGAUAGAUCAUGCCAUCAUUAGCCCUUACUGUCAGCACUUAGACAUGGCCUGAAACAUUGUACGCAAGUGUGUGAACUGAAAUGCUUUAAUUGGCAUUAGGGCUGUCAAAAUGGCUGAAAAACUAAAUUCGAAUUUUGUACUUAAAUAUUAUCAAUAUUCAAAUUAUAUUCAAAUUUAAAAUGCAUAAUUUAAGUUAGGGUGGAAAAAAAGCUUUUGACUUCUCUCCUGAGGCCACAAGAGGAUGCAUAGAGCAAAAUACUACCAAUGACUGUUUGUUCCAGGGAUCUCCAACCCUGCUCCUGGAGAGCUACCGUCCUGCAGACUGCAGUUCCAACCCUGCUCCAACACACCUGUCUGUAAUUAUCUAGUAACCCUGAACACCUUGAUUAGCUGGUUCAGG